GAUUUCAUCUGAUGGCGGUCGGUCAAGGUUAGUCCUCAGAAUGAUAGGGACUGAGUAUGGACACUGUAAUAUUUGCUUUGAUGCAGUGCCAUAUGAAAACAUGUUAUUUCUUUCGGCUUGCGGGUGUUCUUUUUGCCGUCAGUGCUUGAAAACGUAUGUUAUUACAGUAUUACGAGAUCGAGUUGAUGUUAACUGUGCUUGUCCAAGUUAUCCAUGUAGUCAAAGUGGUCAUUUGACAGACUCAGAGAUAAGAGAAUUGCUGCCUUCUGACGUUUACGAACGUUUUUCUGUAAAGAAGCUUCAGCGAGAAAUCGAGCAGAAUGUAAACCUAACAUUUUGCCCAGCAGUAAAUUGUGGUGCUGUGUGCCAAGUUCCUUCUAUUUUAAAAGUACCCAUACGAAAUGGAAUAAACCCAUCUACCAGAAGUAAUAAACAUGCUCUGGAACGGUUUACUAGGUGGUACAGAAGAUAUCUUUGCAGUUCACAAGGAGAUACCACUCAUGUUUCUCCCAGCACCAAAAGUACGAGUUUUCAUGCCGAUGACACAUCAAAAAUUCCAAAUAACGCAUAUUACAAGCCUAUCAGUAAUCUCAGGGAUGAAGACAAAGAAGAUUGUGUAACGACACCCACCAGUGAAGGUGCUGGAGAGAAGGAUUUACUCCAUAUCUCUGAAAAAAGAACGUUGAUGUGUCAAGUGAGUCCUGGUCGCCCGGCUGUACGCGUCGUAUGCAAACAGUGUUCUCAUGAAUUUUGUGCUCGAUGCCAUUUAAACUGGCACAUCGGAGUUGGACCGUAUGUGUGUGAAGAAUAUCCUCGUAACGUUGUCAAGGGAAAUAAAAAUUUAAGCACUCAAUUUACUAGUCAACAAAAUUUACUUGGAAUUUUGGAGGAAAAUGUAAAUGCCUCGGAUCAUAUUAAUCCUCAUUCAGAACCAGAUCCUAUUAUAUUUCAGAAACACCAGUCACAGUUUGUGACGCAAAAUCCAGAAAUCAUCAAGUCAUUACCAUCCUUGAGAAAACCUCCAGAGAAAAACAAAAUAAAUAAAGUCUCACUCCGGCGAUCCAAAAGAAAACGGCGUAAUUAUUUACAGAGUCAUGCAGGUAUUUAUCUUUCCAAUCAGGAUAUCAGUGAUACAAUUGAUGUCUCCGUUCUUGCUGUUGGGUUUCCUCCAUAUUCUCCUGAUGACUGGCUGAAACGUUGUCCUGCCUGCCUAGUCCCUAUUGAACGUAUCGAAGGUUGCGCUCAAAUGAUGUGCCGGUCAUGCAAACAUACCUUUUGCUGGUAUUGUUUGACUUCAUUGGAUGAUGAUUUCCUUCUUCAACAUUAUGAUGACGGGGCCUGUAAAGGAAAACUUGGUCAUUCUCGUGCAUCAGUAAUUGGUCAUCGAGUUUAUGUUGUCAGUGUAUUUACUGGAUUAACGAUUUUAUUACUGGUUGCUGCUCCAUUUAUCAUGGUUGCUGUGCCAUGUAUUAUUUGUGCAAAAUGUCACCGGCUUUAUCGCCAACACCGUCUACGCAAACGGCAUUCUCAGGGUUUAUAUAUGGUUAAUGGUCGUGUAUUAAAUACGCCUAUAUCUUCUAAUGUGCAAAAUGAUCGAACAGAUACACCUCAACCUACUUCAUCAACUCCUCAUCACAGUAUAUUUAUACCAUCUUGUAGAUCGUCUAUUGUUAGUGCUGAUCACCGACCAACUGUCGAACAAAAAGCUGAUAUUCAUUGGUCACCUUGGCAAAACGAAUUUAAAUGUACAUCUACUCGUAAAGUUAUGCAUCGCUCCAAAUCUGUACCUGCUUACUGUUGUACAGUACCACUUAAUAGCCUACUCAUGACUUCACAUACGCCGUAAAUUUCCUGAGUUUUUAGUCGUAAUGGAAGAUGAAGAAGUUAUAUAUAUAUUUCACAAUCGUUUCUGUGUUCACAAAAUUCAUAGUAAAUGAUCUUAUCAAAUCUUUUUUUUUGCUUGUAUACUUUGUAUGCGAAAAAAGGAAAACAUAUCUCAAUACUUACAUUCUUUUAUUCCUUAAUACACCAUAUAAUAUUAAUAAUAGUAACCUUUUUUUACUUAAGUUUCAGCGUUCUGUUCUAUUGUCAGAAUAUCCUUGUAAUGAUGCAUUUAUUAGUUUGUCUACUUUCAUUUACUUUUAACUUGAUCAUAUAAUUGUAAGUCUGCAUAUGUAUGUAGAUAGCUAUUUAGACAUAUGUACAUAAAUAUAAUCAUUCCAAGAGUGAAAUUAAUGCAUGAUAUUUCUCUUAACAUCUACACUACCCCCAUAAACUAAUUUCUCUCUGUCACUGUGAAUGUUACUUGUUGUGUCAAUUCAAUUUUCUUUUGGAUUGCCCUAUUCUCUUGAAAGUUGUAUCACAAUAAAAAGCACCGUCCCUAGUGAAUUGCAUAUAUAUAUAUAUAUAUAUAUAUAUAUAUAUAUAUAUAUAUAUUACUUAUCUAUUUACUUAGAAUAAUUAUUAACUUAUUUGUUUAUUUACUUACUUAUUUACAGUAAUUUGUUUCUAUCUAGUUCUCUCUUUUUCGCUAAAUUGACUUCGUUUUUUUUAAUUUAAGAAAAAGACACUAUUCUUAUAUAUGCAUGCAAUAUUAAUGUUUUAUCUUCUUUUAAAAGUUCAAUUCUAUCUAUUACUUGUUCAAACAAUACAAUAUACAAAACAAAAAACUUUCAUACUUUCCAGGGAUUAUUUCCAUUUGUAUGUAUGCACACAUGUAUAACAUUCAUUGUGUGCUUUUUCAUUUCAUCUCUUUUACACACUAUUCUUACCAAGUACGUAGUUUCCAUAAGUAUAUAUUAUCUUCUUACUGAUAUUCUAUGAUUCAGAAUAUCUUAGGUAAAAAUACUAAUUUUACUAGUCAUGAACUUGCAUUUCUCAUUCUUCUUUAUCUCUACUGUGAUAAAAUUUUGUACAAAUAUAAUAUAUACGUAUACUAUUUAUUAUUUAUAGUCUUAAUUGGUUAUGCAACUAUUAAUUGCAUAUGAUACCGCUUGUUGUUAGACUCGUCAUUGUUAUUGCUAUUACUAGUAUUGCAACAUGUUACUACUUUUAUCAUUACUAUUUUUAAUAUUAUUACUUUACUUGUAACAUUUGCAUUCUUAAGUUGGAUGAUUGAUUAGCGCUUGUGUAUCAAUUUACUGAGCUUAUUUCUUUUCUCUUUUCAUACAUUUGUCUUUUCUUUAAUGAAACAGUGGUUUGUAAUAGUAA